AGACCCGUGGCAGCCCUGAGACCCCCCCCCCACCUGCCCCCCGUCACGGCUCAGGGUGAGCUGGGGGGACACAGCAGAGGCGGAGAGGAAGAAGGGAACAGAGUCACCAGAGCCAGGCACCCCUGCCCCACCCUGGACCCUCCUGCUCUUCCCGCGGGGGGCUCACCACUGUGAACCCUAGACCAGUGUGGCCAGGACACGCCAGUCUUGGCUUGGUGGCAGACGACACCCAAGUGCCUCGGGGUGUCCCAGGCAGAGACACUCAUAUCUUGGGGUGCCCCGAUGCCCCCCGAGUGGGUACCGCGGCCGCAGCUCCCAUUCUAGGUGGCUAAAAAUAACGCGGUCCCCCCGGGCCGGCCCCCCCGAUCUCGGCCAGGUUAAUCUUUAGCCGCUGGACGCCGGUAAUGAGGCUCAUUAUCCGACAUUACCGCCGGCGGGGGACCGGGAUAGGGACAGGGAGAAGCCCCGAACGCUGACACGGAGACACGGUGACGGGGGCCCCGGCGUGGUGGAGCCAGGCUGCGUGCGGGUGAGCAGGGCGGGGGGACACGGAGGACAGCGACGGGCGGGGAGUGACGUGGCCUUGGUGCCCGUGGCACCUGGCCGUGGGUCACACUGGUGACGCAGGGAGUCCCAGCUGCCUGUGUGGGGUGACCCGGUGUCACCCCCGGCAGGGUGACAAUCCCCAGUGCAGCGCAGUGGUUGGGGUGGCAGCGUCCCCAGGAGACACGUCAUGGUGCCCAGCAGUGUGAGGGGAUCCCAGGAGGCACGACAGGGUCCCCGAGGGGCGGCAGGGCCCCAGAGGUGUGACAGUGUCCCUGAGAACCAUGACAGGGUCUCCAAGGGAGGAUCCCAGGGGCUGUGCUGGGGCGCCGGGGGGUGUGUCACCAUCAAGGGGGGGUGUGCCACCAUCCCCGUCAGCGUGCCUGCCUCCCCAGGGGCUGUGCCAGCGUCCCCAGUAGCUGUGCCAGGUUCCCAAGGGCUGUGCCAGGUCCCCAGGGGGGUGUGUUGGUGUCCCUGGGGGGUGGCACUAUCCCCGGGGAUUGUGCCAGUGUCGCCAGGGAGUGUGCCAGGUUCCCAAGGGCUGUGCCAGGUUCCCAGCAGGGGGGCAGUGUCCCCGGGGGGUGUGUGUGUGUUGUUGUGUUGUCCCCAGUGCACACACCAGGGUGCUCGGCAGCGUGCCAGUGUCCCCGUGGCUGUGCCAGGUCCCCGUGGGGUGCUGGUGUCCUCGGGGGGGGUGUUGGCAUUCCUAGAGGUGUGUUAUUGUCCCCGGAGCACGUACCAGGGUGCCCGGCAAUGUGCCAGUGUCCCCAGGGCCGUGCCAGGUCCUGGGACGGGCCGGCACAGUGUGAUAGGGACAGCACGGGGGGGUCCCGGUGCGGCGGGGGGACAGAGCCACUAUCGGGGGGACCGAGGAGCUGUCAGGGGGACUGAGGUGCUAUCGGGUGCUGGCAGCCCCGGGCAUCCACGGGUGCUCCCGGGAGAUUAGCAGGGGGUGUGUGUGGGGCUGUGGGGGUGCGCCCGGGCCACCCUGCCGGGGUUCAAACGCUGUGGCGGCGGUGACAGAGACAACAGGGGGCCCUGGCCUCGUGCAGGCUCGGCGGAGACGCCCCAGGCCGGUGACAGCCCGUGCCGGUGGCUGCCCGGGCGGGUGCCAUGGCGGGGGGCGCGGGGCUGGCCAAGCGCCUGGGCACCUUCGUGUCGGGGCUGCUGGAGUGCGGCGCCUUCUGCGGCAUCAUCUUCGGCUGGGCCUCCCUCGUCUUCGUCCUGAAGGAACAGGGCUACUUCUGGUGGCUGUGCCAGCCCUCCCCCACCAACCACACCGAGGGGCUCGAUUGCAGUGCGCAGGAUGAGCAGUUCUCCCUGGUCUUCACCAUCGGCUCCUUCAUGAACAACUUCAUGACCUUCCCCAUGGGCGUCGUCUUCGACCGCUUCGGCACCCUGGCCGCUCGCCUCAUCGCCAUCUCCCUCUACGCCGGCGGGACCCUGCUCGUUGCCUUCUCCACUCCAGAGCUGGCAGUGCUGCUCUUCCCGGCCAUGUCCAUGCUGUCGGUGGGCGGCAUCCUCCUCAUCCUCACCAACAUGCAGGUGGGCAACCUGUUUGGGAAGUACCGCUCCAUCAUCAUCACCCUCUACAAUGGGGCCUUCGACUCCUCCUCCGCCAUCUUCCUCAUCGUCAAGCUGCUGUACGCACAGGGGCUGUCCCUGCAAGCCAUGUUCCUCUUCCUGGCAGCCUGCAGCGCCUGGCACCUGCUGCGCACCCUCUUCCUGAUGCCACGCACCCGCAUCCCCUACCCGCUGCCCCCCGGCUACGACUACGGGCUGCAAUGCCCAGGGCGCUCCCGCUCCUACCGCACCUACGAGGAGAAGAGGCCCCCAGAGGAGAAUGGCCCUGAGGAGACCCCCCUGGAGCCCCCUGUUCCUCGAGGUGAAGCCACCCCCCCCGGGACGACGUUCCGGGCCUGCGUGUGCUCGUGGCUCUUCGCCUGGCAUGUGGCCUGGCUCUCCGUCAUGCAGCUGCGCCACUACCUGUUCAUCGGCACCCUCAACCCGCUGCUCGAGCGCCUGUCGCACGGGGACUCCAACACGGUGAGCACCUACACCAACGCCUUCGCCUUCACCCAGCUCUGCGGGGUGCUCUGUGCCCCCUGGAACGGCCUCAUCCUCGACUGGCACAAGCGGGGCAAGCGCCACCGCCCCGAGGGUGCCCGGGGCGCGCUGGCAGACCUGCGGGCCGCGGUGGUGUCCCUGGUGGUGACGGUGGUGCAGUGCCUGCUGUUCUCCGUGUGCGCCGCCGUGCCCGUCCUGCAGGUGCAGUUCGCCACCUUCGUGCUGCAGGUGAUCAGCCGCUCCUUCCUCUACGGCGGCAACGCCGCCUUCCUCGCCAUCGCGUUCCCCCCGCAGCACUUUGGGAAGCUGUACGGGCUGGCCAUGGCACUGUCGGCGCUGGUGGCCCUCCUGCAGUACCCCUGUGUCGCCCUGGUGCAGGGGCCACUCCAAGGGGACCCCUUCUAUGUAAACGUGGGGCUCAUCGCCGUGGUGCUGUUGGCCUUCGUCAGCCCCGUGGUGGUGGCCCGCGAGUGCCGGCGGCGAGCCAAGGAGCUGGAGGCAGCUGGCACGCCCCUGACAGCCCCCCCUGCCGCCGAGACCCCCACCGAGAUGCCUCACUGAGCCCCGCACCUGCCAGGAACCCGGCACCCAGCACCCCGUUUUUGUACUGCCCUGGGGGUGCUGUGCCGGUGGGAUGGGGGGGUUUGGGGGUAAUAAACAUCGCUGCCCCCUCCA